AGAAAAUGUGGCUGUUUGGCAGAAAGGGACCUUCUGGUUCUGGGUUCUCAGCUUCUUCUACAGCUGAGGAUGUUACUCAAGAAAUUGAUGCCACUGGUCUCACUGCCAUUGUUACAGGGGCUACUAGUGGUAUUGGUAUUGAGACUGCCCGUGUACUUGCAUUACGCGGUGUCCAUGUAGUUAUGGGGGUCAGGAAUAUGGAAGCUGGUAAGGAGAUCAAGGAAACCAUAUUAAGAAAUAAUUCAACUGCAAAAAUCGUCAUGAUGGAGCUGGACCUAAGCUCAAUGGAAUCUGUGAGAAAAUUCACGUCACAGUUUAACUCUCGUAGUCUUCCUUUGAAUAUACUUAUGAAUCAUGGCAACACCAUUCAAGCUUUCCAAAGACAAUAUAGAAUUACAAUUUGCGACAAACCAUAUAGGUAAAAUUUGCAUCUUAAAUAUUUGUCAAUGCAUACUCAUGCACAAAUAAUAUUUGA